UUAUUUGAUUCCACCAACCUUGCUUAGCUAGAGAGAGGUUGAGUUGGCAUCAGCUGGGUCAACAGGCCCGCCCGUUUCCCCUUUUUCUGUUUUCGGACACAAUGUUUCCUUUUGACCUGUGGUCCUCGCACCCUGCUGUGCCAGUCCAUUGGCUCCCCAGUGUGGAUUUCAGCCUUGGUGACAUAUUACCAGCCGAACUGUCUCCAAUAGCCAUCAGCUAAGCCGAGCAGCAUAAAGUUUGUUUUUAUUCAAACUUCAGCAGUUUUCUAGUUGUUCUGCUGAGGCAGUGACAUCAAUGUGUGACAUCACGCAAAUUGAUGUCACAAAGAGCGAUGCACACUUUGUGGAGCUAGAGGGCAUCACAGAGCUGCACGCUUGAAUUCUACGGUCAUAACCAUUGAAGAAGAGAGACAGAGAGCACGUAGUAGUAUCCUAACAAGAGAUUGAAAAUGAAAGCUUUUCGAGAUAAAGAGGCAAAUUCUAACACACAAGUAAAGAAAAUCAUUGAGAAAUUUUUGGAUUUGUCCAGAGAAAAGGGAUCAACAAUGAGUCGCAGCAGUAAGACAUCAUCUUGUGAUUCUGGAAAGGAAAAAGUACAACAGACAUUAGCUAAAGAGACACAGAAGCUCCAUGGAAUAUUGAAAGAAGUUGGCAUGAUGUCCAUUGUAAAACAGUCUCUGAUUGAAGGAAAUGAGGAGCUGAACAUGCAAGUUCUGAACAUAGAACAAGCUACAUUUGAAAAAGACAAGCUUCGAGACAAAGAUGAGGAAUUAAACAAACUGUUGCACAUAAACAGAACCUUAAAGGAGAACAACACCACCCUGGAGCAGAAUACCACUGCCUUGGAGAACAAAAGCACCUCCCUGAAGCAGAGAAUCAACGCCCUGGAGAAGGACAAAAAUACCCUGGAGCAGGAAAAAACUGCCCUAGGGCAGAAAAGCACCGCUCUUCAGCAGAGAAUCAAUGCCCUGGAGAAGGACAAAGAUACCCUGGAGCAGGAGAAAACUGCCCUAGGGCAGAAAAGCACCGCUCUUCAGCAGAGAAACAAUGCCCUGGAGAAGGAAAAAAAUACCCUGGAGCAGGAAAAAACUGCCCUAGGGCAGAAAAGCACCGCUCUGGAACAGAGAAUCAACACCCUGGAGAAAGAAAAAAGUACCCUGGAGAAGGAAAAAACUGCUCUAGGGAAUAAAAACACCACUCUGAAACAUAUAAACCAUGCCCUGGAAAGGGAAAGAAAUACCCUGGAGCUGGAAAACACCAUUUUCGACGAGAUAAACACCGUCUUGGAGCAGAAAAGAGCCUCCUUGGAGGAGAAAAGCAACUUCUUGGAACAGAUAAACACCGCCCUGACGCUGAACAGCACCACUCUGGAGCAGAAAUGUACUCUCUUGGAGAAUUUAAACACUGCCUUGGAGCAGCAAAACGAGAUCCUGGAGCAGAAAAAUACUGACUUGAAGAAUAUGAACACCGACCUGCAGCUUAAACUGGAGCAGCUGAACCAGCAGCCACCUGAACAGAAAACCAGUGAAAACAUCCAAUCAGUUUCAGAUCAGCCACAGAAGCAGCUGCCUAUAUUCAGACGUGUCAUCAGUGGCGUCUCCAAUACAUUCCUGAAAAUGUACCAAACAGGUACUCUCAGGUACUGGAUUGACACUUGGUACUUCUAAAUAAAGAAGUGUGAUGAGGGCUCCAAGCUUCAUGCUUGAGUAUCUGUGGCAGAAAGGCUAGAGGACAACAGAACUGCGGUGUCAGGGGAGCUUGACACUUGUGGACUUAUGGCGGAAAAGCUUAACGCUUGAAAGAUGUUGACAGGAGAGCUUGAGGCCCGCAGGACUGCGGUGCCAUGGGAACUUGAGGCCAUCGAACACAGUUAGGCGUCAGAUGAGGAGCUUGGUCUGCUGACCCCAAGCUCCUCCCGGCCUGCCUCCAGGGCUUCGUAUCAAGUCCU